GAGAAAUCCAUCACGCAGAGGCCAAGAUCUCGGUGAUUAGAUGCCCGCAUAGGUCUGUGUGCCUCUUUACGAUCAGAAGCUAUAAAACAGAAGCCUCGCUGACCUUCUAACAGACAUCCAGCCUCGUUCCUUCUUUCUUAUACACCCACAUUCGUUUUACUUGCAAACUGUGUUUGCUAUCCAUUCAUUUCUUCCUAGAAUUCGCAGUAUACCACAAUGAAGUACUCUCUGUUCGCCGCCGUUGCGGCAUUCGUUUCCCAAGUCAGCGCAGUUGGCGUUGUCGGUGCUGCUGAGGGUUUCGCAAAGGGUGUUACUGGUGGUGGCAGCGCCGCCCCCGUUUACCCUUCCACAACCGCCCAGCUCAUCAGCUACCUCAGUGAUUCUUCGCCCCGUGUCAUUGUCUUGACCAAGACCUUUGACUUCACGGGUACCGAGGGUACCGUCACUUCCGCUGGUUGCUCCCCCUGGGGCACUGGCUCCACCUGCCAGCAGGCCAUUAACAAGGACGGAUGGUGUGACAACUACCAGCCCAACGCCCCCAAGGUCAGCGGCAUCAAGUACGACAAGGCCGGUGUGCUCGGAAUGACCAUCGCCUCCAACAAGAGUUUGAUCGGUCAGGGCAGCAAGGGUGUUAUCAAGGCUAAGGGUGUCCGUAUUGUGGGCGGAGCCAAGAACAUCAUCAUCCAGAACGUCAGGUUCACGGACAUCAACCCCAAGUACGUCUGGGGUGGUGAUGCUAUCACCAUUGACGGCGGCGACAUGAUCUGGGUUGACCACGUCACCACCGAUCUCAUUGCCCGUCAGCACAUCGUUCUUGGUAACUCUGCCUCCGGCCGUGUCACCAUCUCCAACUGCGAGAUCAACGGUGCUACUUCCUGGUCUGCUACUUGCGAUGGUCACCACUACUGGGCUCUGUACUUCACCGGCUCCAGCGACAUGGUCACCUUCAAGAACAACUACGUUCACCACACCUCCGGCCGCUCCCCCAAGGUCGGUGGCAACACCCUCCUCCACGCUGUCAACAACUACUUCUACGCCGGCUCCCAGCACAUGCUCGAGGCAGGUGCCGGAACCAAGGCUCUGUACGAGGGCAACGUCUUCCAGAACGUUGUUCUUCCCGCUCAGGCCAGCCUUCCCGGCCAGGUCUACCAGGCUACCAGCGCCUCGGCCGCCUCCGCGUGCAGCGCUUCCCUCGGCCGCGCUUGCCAGCUCAACGCCUACGGUACAUCCGGUGCUCUUACCGGUGCUGAUGCCACCUUCUUGACCAACUUCAAGGGCAAGAACAUCGCCGCUGCUGCCGCCGCUGCCAACGCGAAGAACCUCGUCAACACCGCCGGUUACGGACGUAUCUAAAGCCGUUGAUUGGUCUUCCAAGCUUGUUCUUGGUACAAACAAUGGUUCACAGCCUUCGAUGAUGGCUGGUAACAUUAGAGUUGGGGGUUGUGGUUGGAAAGGAGAUUCUUCAUUAUUGUAUACUUCGAUUCUUAGUAAAUAUAUUUAUUGACUGUUCACAUCACUUCCUGCAAGCAUCGUGAUUCAUACCAUGACUUCUUUAAGUUUGAUAGGCGCUGCUCUUCUACAUCAUUGUUUGACUCAUCGCCAUCAUCCAAGUUCACUCGCCGAACUACACGCGGUGGUCGCAAUUGCAACUAACAAUUCCCAUUCAAACCGUGUCUUG